UAAUCAUGGGUUUCGCCACGUGAUAUUAGACCUUCCCGAUCUAUUGGAAUCCGUGCUGAACUAGCUCCCACUUGAUGAGAGUAUCUUUUUCGCAGCUUUCCCAUUGGCUUCUUAUUUGACCGACAUUCAUCACGUUUAAAUAUUUUUACGGCCAGUGAACAUAGUUUGUUUGCUUUUAGGGUCCACCGUAUUUUAGUGGAUGAGGGAUGCGUAGUGUGCCAACUGCUUGACUAUGCGACCCUCGGUAACGACUGCCAGUGCCGCAUCCACUCCUAACUCUGCUUCUGUCGCAUCCAAUCAAGGACAAGUUUGGUCUCCAGUUCAUGUCCAACGUUCUGUUCCGUUGCCCAAACAUGUUUCUCAACCACCGUCGACUACUGGUGACCCUACGAUGAAUUCUAAUCCGUCACAGCCGCAACAAAAUGUAACCAGUGCGGUUCUGAGUGCACCUCCUAUUAUCAGCCCACUACCGACCCAUUCCGAUGUCACGUCUGUCGUGGAUGGAGCGACGAUAUCCGACUGUUAUGCCUCUCUGUUGGGUCUGGCGGAAUAUUUUCGGACGACAAGUCCACCGAACAUGAGAUUGGCUGUGCACUGCUUGAAGGCCGUGUUGCAUUUUAAACUGCCCGUCAAUCUUGAGGCUCGGACACACCUUCAGUUGGGCCGGUUAUUGUUCCACUACAGCAAGAGUGACGAUCAGACAAAGUAUCACUUAGAAAAGGCCAGAACAUUAGGUGCCCAUCUGCGUGCAAAAGAUGAUUCGAUCAAAUUCGAGGCAGCCGCACUUUUAGCCGAGUUCUUCGAGCGCAAAGGGAAACGGUACGAGGCAACUUGCAUAUUGAAUGAUGCUAUCCGGCUUUCGAACAAUAACCCGUACUGGCAUUGUCGCCUGUUGCUUGAAUUGGCGCAAGCUCAUGUGACGGAGCGUGAUGUAAAUUCGGCCUGCGAAAUCCUUCAAAUGGGUUCGGAGUUUGCCAUGAUGCAUAAUUCUGAUUACACCCGCGGUCUAUUUCUCCUGAGCAAAUGCAUGCUCCUUCUCGCCAGCCGUCAACUUCCCGAGGUUACCACCACCCUGACAGUUGUCAGUCAAAUGAUUGACGGAUUUCGAGGCAUCGGUUAUCACAAAGAAGCUUUGAGGGUGUUCUACUUGGUUCUUCACGUCUCCUUCUAUCUCAUCUCGGGGCAAGCCAAAUCCGCACGACCGAUUCUUCGACAGCUGCACCAGAGCAUUCAGCAGUUCGCCGCUAUGGAAGAAGAUGCAGCAGUGACCAACGAAAUCGAUCGUUUCCAAUGGAUGCCCCGUGAACACAUGGUUAUCCUGGUCUAUCUUAUAACCGUGAUGCAAUCAAUGCAAACCGGAAUGUUGGAACGAGCCAGACGGUCCGCGGAGAAGGCGUUGACCCAGAUUGAGAAACUUUACGUAUUCGACACCAGUCCGUUGUUAACCGUCUUUCACUUGAGCUUGCUAGAGCACACCGCGAUGGGUCGGCUUGUAAUGGGUGUACAGACAGCCGCCGCACAAGACAUCGGUCAAGCCUGUCGCAUUUGUCAUGCCAAUCCGGCUCUCAUGUACAAACGACUACCCCAGCUGCACACACUAAUUGGACUGUACGCAAUGUCCAUGAACUGUAUGAAUCAUGCAGAGAAUCAAUUCAAAUUCGCUCUCAGAUUGAUCUCCAGUCCCCGCGUUGGUACUGAUCUGGCCAGUAUGGCCAGUAACGCUCUAAGUUUGACGACUCCAACAACCAAUCGGGCAUGCUGUCAACCGGAUGGACCGCGAGAUCCGCUCUCUGUACUAAUAUGCCUCAAUUUGGCAUUGGUCCACAUACGCAAAGGAAACACAAAGGAAUGCGAGACGCUACUCAACGAAGUAUUCACUUCGGGUGUCCAUGUACUCGAAGGCUGUUAUUGUCUGCGUGCUGCAGCCUCGUAUGUUCGAGCUUUCCAGGCGUUCUGUGAGAACCGGAUCCCCGAUGCAAUGACUUUCCUUCGCGAGACUGUGCGUUUGGGCAAUGAAGAAGAGCUACACCGACUUUCGGCUUCCGCAUUCAUCACAAUGGGUCAAAUCUAUCUAAACGAGCGCAACACCGGGGAAGGUCAGAAGAUGAUCAGCGCAGCCAUUCACGUGGCUAACCGACUGCCUGAUAUUGGGAUUCAGCUAUGGGCAACUGCUCUCCUAAAGGGGGUGGCCAACUUGCGAGGCGAUACUCAAGAGGAAACGCGUUGGUUUGCUGAGCAUGACCGCUACUCAAAACUUGUGAUUCACGAACAUGAAGGUCAGAAGAUGAUCAGCGCAGCCAUUCACGUGGCUAACCGACUGCCUGAUAUUGGGAUUCAGCUAUGGGCAACUGCUCUCCUAAAGGGGGUGGCCAACUUGCGAGGCGAUACUCAAGAGGAAACGCGUUGGUUUGCUGAGCAUGACCGCUACUCAAAACUUGUGAUUCACGAACAUGUUAGGGCCAUCUCUGCACCGGAACAUCGACUCAUAGAGUGGCUGGACGGUCCACUAGUCGAUCUGCCUCCCAUUCUCCCUUCGACUUCAGGAUCUGUUCUGUUGAACGUGGUUGUGACUUUCUCCUUGUUAUAUCUGCUGAUUCGUCAGUCUGUGGUAUCUCCUGCUGUCCCGCUCCAGUGCCUAAAGCCGGAGAAAAUAGACUCACAAAAGGGAACACAACCGCUAUAUUCUGAACAAGCGAAUGCGGGAGCAAAAGUUACGACGGUCCCACGCUAUUUAAAGGGGACUUUCUGA